AUGCGCCGGAUUGAAGCCCUUAUCAAACAGGACUCCUUUUCGCCUCCUGCCGCCAAUUCAUCUUUGUUUCUUGUUAGAAACAUUAUGAUUACUGUAGUAAUUAUUUUCGUAAUUUGUUGUCUGCUACACUUUCUUGUGAGAUUUCUCAUGAUCAAGAUAAGAUUAUAUUCAAAUUCCCAUCAUCAAUCCACAAGAUUUCAUGAAAGCAGCGAUGGGGAUGCUGCCGUUUAUCAAAGACAAUUGCAACAGCUCUUCAAAUUGCAUGAUUCUGGAUUGGAUCAAUCCGCCAUUGAUGCUCUCCCAGUGUUCGUUUACGAAGAAUUAAUGGGUUUAAAAGAGCCUCUUCAUUGCGCUGUUUGCCUUUGUGAAUUUACCAAAAAGGACAAUCUGAGGCUACUUCCUGUAUGCAGCCAUGCUUUCCAUAUUCAUUGCAUAGACACUUGGUUACUGUCGAAUUCAACUUGCCCUUUAUGUAGAGGGAACCUUUUUACACCUGGGUUUUCUGUUGUAAAUCCAGUCUUUGACUUUGACUUUGACGAAGAAGAAGACCACCGUGAAGCGGCUUCUGGUAAUUUCAAUCACGCAGAAAGGGUAUAUCCGGUAAGACUUGGGAAAUUUAAAGGCAUGAAUCGUGAUAAAGAAGAUAAGCAAGAUGAGGGACAAACUAGCAAUGGAAAUCUUGACGAAAGGAGGUGUUACUCGAUGGGAUCUUAUGAGUAUGUUGUGGGAAACUCAGAUUUACAAGUGACAUUUUGUCCGAUUAGGGGUGGUAAUAUGAGGGGUAUUAUUGGAAAUAGUGAUUUGAGAAAUGAGGGUGGAGAUGGAAAAGAAAUUAGGAAUGGGGGGAAAGGUGAGAGCUUUUCUGUUUCUAAGAUUUGGCUUUGGUCCAAGAAAGGACAUUUUAACUUUCAAGAUUCUUUAAAUCCGCUCUCAAUGUAG